AUGGGUAUAGGAGCUUAUGCUUGGCGUCAUCCUCGUGUACAAGCGCCCAUGGAUCCCGAUAAGAAAACGGUGGUUGUUCUAGGAAGUGGAUGGGCAUCGACGUCGUUUAUAAAGAAACUCGACACAAGAUAUUAUAAUUUGGUGGUCGUAUCACCUCGUAACUAUUUUUUAUUUACUCCACUCUUACCAAGCAGUACAGUUGGCACAGUGAAUAUGAAGUCAAUUAUUGAGCCCAUCCGAUUUAUUACGCGUCAUAAGAAAAGAGCUGUCCAGGUAUUUGAAGCUGAAUGUACUGCAGUUGACCCAGUAUCAAAGACGAUUACCAUUGAAGAUCAUACGCCUGAAAAGGACCACCAUCCUGUCAAAUCACUGACUUAUGACUACUUGGUGAUUGGCGUCGGUGCUCGUAAUUCGACUUUUGGCGUACCGGGUGUAGAUAAGUAUGGCUGUUUCUUGAAGGAAGCUAAAGACGCACGCAAAAUUCACAACAAAUUGAUGGACUGCAUUGAAAAUGCCGCACUGCCCAACCAAUCUCCUGAAGAAGUAACCCGCCUGCUUCAUAUGGUCGUUGUCGGAGGAGGAGCCACGGGAAUCGAAUACGCAGCCGAGCUCCAUGAUUUCCUUGUGGAUGAUCUGCGCACCUGGUAUCCUGAUUUGGCUGACAAGAUCAAGAUUUCGUUGAUAGAAGCGCUUCCCAAUGUACUACCUCAGUUUUCGAAACAGUUGAUUGAGUAUACAGAGAAAAACUUUCAAAAGCAGCAUAUCACUAUUCAUACCAAAACACAAGUCAAAGAGGUUCGUCCAAAAGAAAUUGUGAUAAAGAAGGCAGAUGACUCCGCCGGCACAAUGCCCUAUGGUCUCUUGGUUUGGGCUACAGGAAACACGACCGCAGCCUUAGUUCAAAAGCUUAAGGAACAGUUUCCCGAGGAACAAACGGCCAAGAAAGGCCUCGCUGUUGACGACUGGUUGAAACUGAAGGGCUGUGAGGAUAUUUAUGCUUUUGGCGACGCCACUCAUACACAAUAUGCACCAACAGGUCAAGUAGCCUCUCAACAAGGAAAGUAUCUUGCGCACCAGUUUAAGCAAAUGUUCAUCCGUGAUGCGCUUGAGGCUCAGCUGAAGAAGGCGCAGGAUGAAAAGGAAAAGGAAAAGAUUCAAAAGAAAUUGGAUUAUAUUAAGGAGAUCAAGCCUUUCCAAUACACACACCAUGGAUCCUUAUGCUAUGUCGGAUCUGAAAAGGCUAUUGCUGAUUUACCUUUGGGGCCACUCGGACAUCUGGCAUCUGGAGGAGCAGCUACUUUUGUCUUUUGGCGCUCUGCCUACCUUUCGAACCUCUUCUCGUUCCGCAACAGGACUCUUGUUCUCUUAGAUUGGAUAAAGAAGUCUCUAUUGAGUCGCGACAUUUCCAAAGCAUAA